AUGUAAGUGCUAGUUUUAUCUAACCUAUUGAACAAACAAAGAAUCAGUUGUUUUAAAUGGAAAAGCAAAUCAUUAAAAAUAAGGAUUCUGAUGUAAGAGAAUGAGAAGAUGAUAUUUUUAUUAGGAUUAGUAUAAAGUAAUUCUAUUUAUUCUAUUUUGCAGAGUCUAACAACUCUAUUUUAUAAACAAUCUUAAUUUGAAAGAUUGGCUUUUUUUUGAGCUCCAAAAAUGGGCCAAUUUCUAGACUCCUUUCCAGAAAUUACAAAUCAGAUAUUAGGAACUGUCUUAAGUUAAUUUUACUUUACUAAAUUAUUCAUUAUAUAAUUAUAAAUCAUCAAUGCUAUUACUAUAAAUUCCAAAUGACAUUGAAAUUGAAGAGAAGAAUUCUCCAAUUAAAAAUGACCAUGUCAUCAUUCACUUUGGAGAAUGGAAGGAUGCUUAGAAACAUGGUUUUGGAAAGUUAUUGGAACUAGAUUUAAGUUAUGAUGGAGUAGGUUUUGUUAACAAUGAGGCAUCUGGACAUAGUAGAUUAGAUUGGUUCAUUCUUGUGAUGAUUAGUAUGAAAGUUAAUGGAAGAAUGAUAAAUAAAUAGUAUUAAUAAAUAUUGUUGAUUUAAUUGUUAUCCAUCUGUUGA